GCAGAGCGGGGUAGCAUGGAUCUGAGCAUGAGCUUGGUGGCCCGGGAGGCCAGCCAGGGCCUCGGCCCCGGCGUCAAUGGCCUCCCCCGGCCCACGCCCCCUAAGGCGGCCAAGAAGCCUAAAAAGGCUGUUCUCUUCUUCGAGGUGGAGAUUCUGGACGCGAAGACGCGAGAGAAGCUGUGCUUCCUGGACAAGGUGGAGCCCCAGGCCACCAUUGCUGAGAUCAAGAACCUUUUCACCAAGAGCCAUCCGCAGUGGUACCCUGCCCGCCAGUCCCUCCGCCUGGACCCCAAGGGCAAGUCCCUGAAGGACGAGGAUGUCCUGCAGAAGCUGCCUGUGGGCACCACGGCCACACUUUACUUCCGGGACCUGGGGGCCCAGAUCAGCUGGGUGACGGUCUUCCUGACAGAGUACGCGGGGCCCCUUUUCAUCUACCUGCUCUUCUACUUCCGGGUGCCCUUCAUCUACGGCCACAGAUACGACUUCACGUCCAGCAGGCACACGGUGGUGCACCUGGCCUGCAUCUGCCACUCAUUCCACUACGUCAAGCGCCUGUUGGAGACGCUCUUCGUGCACCGCUUCUCCCACGGCACCAUGCCCUUGCGCAACAUCUUCAAGAACUGCACUUACUACUGGGGCUUCGCCGCCUGGAUGGCCUAUUACAUCAACCACCCUCUCUACACGCCCCCCACCUAUGGAGCUCAGCAGGUUAAACUAGCGCUCGCCAUCUUUGUGAUCUGCCAACUUGGCAACUUCUCCAUCCACAUGGCCCUGCGCGACCUGCGGCCAGCUGGGUCCAAGACCAGGAAGAUUCCCUACCCCACCAAGAACCCCUUCACGUGGCUCUUCCUGCUGGUGUCCUGCCCCAACUACACCUACGAGGUGGGGUCCUGGAUCGGCUUUGCUAUCAUGACCCAGUGUCUCCCAGUGGCCCUCUUCUCCCUGGUGGGCUUCACGCAGAUGACCAUCUGGGCCAAGGGCAAGCACUGCAGCUACCUGAAGGAGUUCCGCGACUACCCGCCGCUGCGCAUGCCCAUCAUCCCCUUCCUGCUCUGAGCGCUCUGGUCCCAGUCCCCGAGCCGUCGUCGUGGGGGAGGAGCGGGGCCCCGCCCGCAGCGUCUGCAAUAAACCCUGCCCGCCCUCCGGGACUGGA